CCCUGGAAGAAGGACAACCGCGGAUCCAGAAACCAGAAGCCGUACUCGACGAGGAUCGUGUGUUGCAGGCAGGUUCAGGCAAGUUCUGGGAGGAAAUUCGUCGAAGUCGCUAUCAACGGACAGCAAGCACACCUCCAAAUCGAUUCUGCCUCCGACAUCACCGUAAUCUCGACGGCGACGUGGCGGAAAAUCGGCAGCCCCCUGGUAAGCAGCACAAGCGCUCGAGCAUCAACUGCCUCGGGAUCUCAGCUGCAGCUGACGUCACAGUUCGAAGCCUACGUGACACUCCAGGGCGUCGAUCGAGAGGGAACCAUCUACGUCACGAACGCCAACCUUAACAUCCUCGGCAUCGACUGGAUCGAACGGUUCGGUCUCUGGGACGUGCCGAUCAGCAGCGUGUGCCAGGCCAUCAAGAUGCUCAAGGGGACCGAGAUCGACGAGUUGAAGGUGAAGUAUGCGGACGUCUUCUCUGAACAACCGAGCGUGUGCAGCUGUGUUGACGUGCAGCUCAGCGUCAAAGAAGGCGCCAAACCGGUGUUUCGCCCCAAACGGCCUGUGGCGUACGGGUCGCUGCAGCUCGUCGAAGAGGAACUGGAUCGCCUUGAGAAACGUGGGAUCAUCACGCCGGUCACGUACUCCGAAUGGGCCGCUCCGAUAGUGGUGGUUCGGAAGGCGGACAAGUCUGUGCGGAUUUGUGGCGACUACUCAACUGGGCUCAACGACGUUCUUGAACCUCAUCAGUAUCCGUUGCCCACACCGGACGAGAUCUUCGCCAGCCUGGCCGGAGGUCAAGUGUACAGCAUUCUGGACAUGCGCGACGCCUACCUGCUGCUCAACGUGGCAGAACCGUCCAGGAAGUACCUGACCGUGAACACCCACAGAGGCCUGUACCAGUACAACCGUGUUCCUUUCGGCAUAAAACCGGCGCCGGGCGCGUUUCAGCAGGUCAUCGACACAGCGCUCGCCGGCCUGCUCGGUGUCAAGGCCUACCUGGACGACAUCAUCGUCACCGGCAGAACCAUCGAGGAGCACAAGCGAAACUUGGAGGAGGUUCUGCGUCGUCUUCAGAAGUUCGGCCUGCGCUUGAAGCUGGAAAAGUGCAAGUUCUUCGAACGGUCGGUGAAGUACUUGGGUCACAUCGUGGAUCAGAACGGCACUCGACCUGAUCCAGAGAAGACGAAGGCCAUCGCGGAAAUGCCGGCGCCCACUGACGUCUCCACCUUGCGGGCGUUCUUGGGGGCAAUCAACUAUUACGGCAAGUACAUCCCGCACAUGAGGAACCUGCGAUACCCCCUGGACAACCUCCUGAAGUCGUCGCAGACCAAGUUCCUGUGGACCGCCGAGUGUCAGCGCAGCUUCGAGACCUUCAAGCGGAUUUUGCUGUCCGACCUGGCCCUCACCCACUACGAUCCGUCACUGCCGAUCGUGGUGUCCGCCGAUGCGUCCAACGUUGGCCUGGGUGCCUGCAUCCAACACGUGUUCCGCAACGGUUCAAGGAAGACCGUGUACCACGUGGCCAGAUCGCUGACAAAGGCUGAGGCGAACUACGGCCAAAUCGAGAAGGAGGGUCUUGCCCUCAUCUUUGCGGUAACCCGGUUCCACCGCAUGAUCUUCGGCCGUCACUUCACGCUCCAAACCGACCACAAGCCGCUGCUUGCCAUCUUCGGUUCCAAGAAAGGAAUCCCCGUCUACGCUGCGAACCGUCUCCAGAGGUGGGCGGUGACACUGCUCAACUACGAUUUCGACAUCGAGUACGUGCGCACGACGGAAUUCGGCAACGCAGACGUCCUCUCAAGGCUGAUCAACCGCUGUGCCAAGCCUGAGGAGGAUUUCGUGAUCGCAGCCGUGACGCUGGAAGCAGAUCUGGACGAGGUACUUCGUGUGACGCUAAAUUCCUGUAACCUUCCUCUCAGUUUCAGGACCAUGCAAGUCGCAACCGCAAAAGACGCGAUUUUGCAGCAAGUCCAGAAGCAUCUGCGUUCCGGUUGGCCACAGUCGAAGAAGCAGCUCCGCGCUGAAAUUCGACCCUACUUCGAGGCCCGCGAAUCGCUCUCGCUGGUCCAUGAUUGCAUCCUCUUCGGAGAUCGCCUGGUAGUGCCAACCAUCUACCGUGCCAAGGUCCUCAAACUGCUGCACACCGCACACCCCGGCAUCGAGCGCAUGAAGGCUUUGGGAAGAAGUUACGUGUACUGGCCUAACAUGAGCGCUGACAUCCGUGAUCUGGUCCUGCGGUGCUCCCAGUGCGCUGCCGCUGCUAAAGCGCCAGCCCGUGCCAUCCCUCAACCGUGGCCGAAGUCGACGAAGCCGUUCCAGCGUGUGCACAUCGACUACGCUGGGCCUUACCACGACCAGUACUUCCUUGUCGUCGUGGAUUCGUUCUCCAAGUGGCCGGAGAUCGUACCAACCGGGACCAUCACAACCACUGCGACGAUUGCGAUGCUCCGAGAGAUUUUUUGUCGCUUCGGAAUGCCGGAGAAGCUCAUCUCCGACAACGGCCGCCAGUUCACCGCUGACGCAUUCCUGGACUUCUGUACGCAGAACGGAAUUGAGCACGUUCGUACGCCGCCCUACCACCCACAAUCGAACGGGCAGGCAGAAAGGUUCGUCGACACCUUCAAACGUGCCCUGGCCAAAAUCCAUCAGCGGGGAGGAAAUCUACGGGCCGACCUGGACACGUUUCUGUUGAACUACAGGAUCACCCCGAAUCGAAGCGCUCCUGACGGCAAAGCACCUGCUGAGCUUUUGUUUGGCAACAAACUCCGCACCACUUUGGACCUGUUGCUGCCGCCCACAAACGUAAACAACACGCUCCAACUGGACCAGGACAAGCUUCGGGCGUUCAAGGCGGGUGACCUCGUGUACGCACAACAACAUACCGCUGGCACAACCCGGUGGACACCUGGUGUCGUCACUGGCAGACGCGGAAAAGUGCUGUACGAAGUGGAGCUGGACAACGGUCGCACGAUUUCGUCACACCUCAACCAGCUGCGCAAGCGGCUCGACCAGUGUCAGCCGAAGAAUCGUGGACCUCUUCCGCUGGACAUCCUGCUGGACACGUACGAGUUGAAAAGGACCAAACCAGCGCCGGUGCCCGGACGUCCUGUGGUUGCACCUGCACUUCCAGCCUUGCCACAACAAGAAGAUGCUGGACCUCGGCGUUCUGAAAGGACGCGCAAGCAACCUGAUAGAUACGGCGAUGCCGUGUACUGUUGAGGGGAGAUGUUAGGGCCACGCGAUGCGCCCCUACCGAAUGUUGGUGCCGUCUAGCACGGUACACGUCAACAUGACAGCUGCCACCCAGUGACAGCUGACCGGAAGAUUGUAAGCGAGAGAGAGAGAAGAUUGUUCUUAGCCAUUAAUUGACCGAGCCCGAACUAGCCGGACGUGCAAUAAAAAUCUAAUUGUAAAACGUA